AUGGUAUCAGAGCAGAGACGAUCCACCUACGCAGCUGCUGUCUCCGGUACUGGAGAAUCCAGUCACCGGUCUCUGAUCAUUCAAUCUCCGAUUCGCACAGGCAAUCCGCAAAGAAACUCCGCUCCGCAGAGGGGCGGUGAAUCAGACGAUGUGGAGAACCCUCUACAUCUGAAUAGCAACGAAAGUUCUAAUGCAAUCCUAGUCUCUCUUCCACUCUCCAGCAGUAGCAACUACGGCACAUGGAGUAUCGCAAUGCGAGUAGCACUCGAAGUCAAAAAUAAGUGGGGAAUCGUGAAUGGAAGCAUCGCCGUGUCGGAUCUCUCAAGCAAUCAGUAUCCGGCAUGGAGGAGGUGCAAUCUCAUGAUUUGUUCUUGGCUUUGUAAAUCUGUUCAUCCAUCCAUCGUUCAAAGCAUCAUGCACAUGGAGAAGGCAACGGAUGUUUGGAACGACCUGAAAAAGAGGUUUGAACAGCGAGAUGCACACCGAAUCUCGAUUCUGCAACGAGAAAUCUAUGAUCUCAAACAAGAUCCUCUGCCUGACAUUCAUAGGGUAUAUGUCAUGAUUGAGAAAUUUGAGAGACAGCUACAUAUUGUUAAUCCCAUUAGAUUGGAAAUUGUUCAUGCUAAUACGGCUCAAAUGAAUCAACAAAUGAGCCUAAAUGUUAAUGACGAGCUGGCUGCUGCUGUUCAUUACCUUAACAACCGAAAGAACUACGGCAACGCUGGAAACCGAAUCCCUAAAUGCACCUUCUGUGGCAUGAAUGGUCACACUGUUGAGAAAUGUUAUAAGAGACAUAACUACCCUUCUCUAUAUAUGCUAAUACUUUAA